UGAAUUGAACUGAAUUGAAUAGACUUAGUUUUGUAUUUUGAUAAACUAAGCACACAAAGCAACUCACUGUCAACACAAGCUGCUAGCUGUCAACGGCUGAUGACAGCAGCAGAUCUUGGCAGAACUGGAGGAUGAAGGCCCGUAAGGGACAUAGUUGGUCAGCCCCAUUUAUUUAUCCAUGAAGCACAGUGACUAAAACCUGUAAAACUACUAGGUGUUUAACGGUCACUGCAGGGGUGGAUGUUGCUGGUGACCCUCAGCUUUCCAUCAAGAUCAAAAAAUGAAUCCAUCUCUUCUUCAUCAUUCUUUAGGAAAUUAGUUAAGCAGACAGCUGCUUUUUCGCAUUUGCUUAUGUAGCAGAAUAAUCCUGCUCAGUGCAAAUGGCUUUAUUUCCCUUCUGGCACUAUAGAGGUCAUAAGCCAGUCAUGGCGGAGAAGGGUGUGUCUGCAGAGCCGCAGGCCACAGUCGCAGGGCUUCACAGAGAGGGCUGCCUGCUUCCUCUACGGCCGCACAUUAAAAGCAUUUUUGAAAGACAGUUACCACAAUAGAUGAUUACAAAAGUGCACAAUUUACAUUUCAAAUGAACAACUUACGGUUUUAUAAGAUGAUUUCACUUAAAAUAUACUUUGACUCCAGUAAGUUUGUCUACAGAGCCAGAGGUGACACUUUCAGGACCAUACCAAGUAAUCCACAAAAGGUACUACUUCAUAUCCUACCUAAGAUUUUAAAGGUUUAAUUCACCCAAAUAGUACUUAUUAAAAAAUCAUAACUUGGUUGCUAAGACUAGCAUUUAGACAAACACUUUAGACAAACACUGGUGCUCCUUACUUCAGGUGAAAACUACUUCUAUUAGUUAAGUAGUUAAAAAAAAUUAGGACAUUAAAAAACAUGCUUUAUCCUCACCUUUAGUGGUAAGCCAGGCCAUUGAAGUGCUCAGCCUAAUGUAAGGACAGAGUUUUCUGCACAGACAGACCAUAUAUGAUGGCCUACCAUUUUACAGCAGAGCAAGCUGUGUUAGACAGGUAGAUACACAAAUAAUGCCAUGAAAGGUGCUAUUUAUUUAGGUAAAGAAACAGUUACUUUUUGGAAUUCAGGUAUUGUUUUAAUCACAGCCACAAAAUGCUAUGUCUACUGAUGAUAUUACUAAAAAAAAGGCCUUAAGUGAAUCUUUCCUGACUCAGUCUGCAAUGAUGAGAAAACAGGAACAUUUUCAGAACUGAAGAAGCCUCUUGGAUGAGAGGUGAAACGUCUUCAAGGAACUUUCUUAAAGUCCAGUGGAUUGAUUUAAACUACUUUGGAUAACCAUGACCUGGAUGAAUGAGAACCUACACAGACAAAAUUUUCAAAGUUCCAUCAAAUCCUGCUCAACUCCCUUUGACUGUACAGUGAAGUCCACCAGUCAGAGACGGCCUGCAUAUGGAGUGGAAUGUCCUGAGUGAUGGCACACUGUUUUGGCUCUCUAUGAACUGGUUGAAGGCUUCCCUGGAGCAAUUUCUGGCUUCAUCAGUUCAAAAAGCAAAUCUCUGGCCAUGCCUUUCAAACAAUAUGAUUCAUCUAAGGUAUUGAAAGGGAACAAAGCUAAUACUUUGAUGAACAAACUGGCAUGCAUAAAUACUGUCAACAAAGACUGCAUCUACUGUCUGAUGAACUUAAUGUCAUUACCAGAUGUUCUACUGACAAGGUACUGGUAGUGUGUUACAAGUUUGUAGAAGUGGAACUGAGCCCUUAACUUGCCACUAAAAUGAAUAUACACAUUUGUUUAGGAUUGUCGUACUCCUCUGUUUGGAAACGCUCCAGGGGAAGAAGACAAAACCACUUCUGGAUCAAAGGCAUGUCGAUAUGAAAGCAGUGUGACAGCAGAAAAAAGAAUUCUGAGUUCAAAAUGUGUCCUUUUUCUUUAAAAUGAAUAGAAUGUGGCAGCAACAGAAACAUUUGGAGAGGGGUGUUUUUCCUUUGUGUAAACAUUUUUUAAACUAACCUCCUGGAAUUCAAACCCCUGGUCUGUGACAGUCUGAAGCAUUUACUGAAGCAGAUCUCAACAGCACAAAACAAUGUGAUAAAGAGAAAUCUUUGAGAAAAAUGUACUUUCACUGUUUAACCUUUUUCACAGCAGACAUUUGGACUCAUCACAGGUGGAAUAUCUGAUGAAUGAGGUCCAUGAAGGUUCUCUGUCAUAGUUUACUGAGAACCUUUGUGUAGCUCAUAAACAAAAGCAGAAGCUCUAAGAGCAACCCAGCAGACAAGAAAAAGUACACCAACAGGUUUUUUUGUCAUAUAGAAAGAAAAGGGUCAGAACAGAGAAGGAGAUAAAGGCAGAAGCAUCGGCUCUGAUCCUCUGCUUGUAAAAUAACAGGGGCAAUAUGGACUAAUCUGCCUGACUUCAUAAUGAAAGGAACUUGUGGACACAUUUUUAAACAUUACUGCAAAUACAUUUAUUAAAGCUUUGUAGCAUGUAGCAAAGAGCAGAAACACAACUACAUUGGUGUCACAGAACAUAGUCUCCAUUGCACAUUUUCAGCUUAAAUUUUUGAUUUAAGUCUGAGUUGGUGACUAACAGUUCAGUAGUGCAUAUGCCAUGAUAUUGUAGUGAUUUAUUUUUGAUCUUAGACACAAAAUGUUUCACAGACAGAAAAAAAUACAUUAAGGACUGUGAAAUACGUUUCAAGACGAAUAUAAGUUGCAGUUGAACAACAUACAGAAUUCACACUAUAAAAGCAUCGCUGUUGAAGUUCCCUAAAAUAAUGCCGUUACUGAAACGAGGUCGACUGUCCCUGUUAUUUAAGCUCACUGUUGUACUGGGAUCAGUGUGGAUGCUUUCUCUACUCAAUGAACUGAGAACAGACUGGAGUCUUACCUACAGCUGGUGGGAGUAUACAGAUGUGGAUGGCGGUCCGGAGAAAGAGUGCAACUGUUCUGCAAUCCUGCAGGGAGAGACGGAGGCACUAGAAAAGGCCAAAUUACUGACUCUCACUAAAGACUUCCACAAGAGCGUUGACAUUCCUGAUGAGUAUUACAUCAAUGCAACCAAAGACUGCAGGAACUUUAAGUUAAGCAGGAAAUACUUGACAUUCCCAUUAAGCAAAGAAGAGGAGGACUUUCCUCUGGCUUACUCUAUGGUGGUCCAUCACAAGGUGCAGAAUUUUGAGAGACUACUGAGAGCUAUUUAUGCACCUCAAAAUAUUUAUUGUGUCCAUGUGGACAAGAAAUCAGAGACCUCAGUCUUUGCUGCCAUCAUGGCCAUCACCUCCUGUUUUCCGAACGUCUUCAUGGUCACACGGCCUGUCAGUGUGGUCUAUGCUGGCUGGACACGAGUCCAGGCUGACCUUAACUGUAUGGCUGAUCUCUAUAAUGCCAGCACAGAAUGGAAAUACUUCAUCAACGUUUGUGGCCAGGAUUUCCCUCUGAAAACCAAUUUGGAGAUGGUACGGAUGUUGCAUUCAUUGAAAGGUCAGAACAUCAUGGAGUCAGAACCAAUAGCUGGAAAGAAAUGGUGGGUGACAAAUGCUUACCAGAUAGUUAAUGGGCAAAUUCAGGGGACAGGAAAGCAGAAGGAGCCACCUCCCUUCAACCUGCCCAUUUUCUCAGGAAAUGCCUACAUUGUGGUCUGUCGAGGUUAUAUCCGCAGUGUGUUGGAAGAUGAUCGAAUACUGAAGCUGAUAGAGUGGGGGAAAGACACCUACAGUCCUGAUGAGUUUCUCUGGGCAACCAUUCAACGAAUGCCUGGUGUUCCUGGCUCAACAAGGCCCCAUGGUAAAUACGAUAUGUCAGAUAUGAAUGCAAUUGCUCGACUGGUAAAGUGGCAGUGGCAUGAGGGUCCACAGGAUUCCCUGAAUGCAGUGUAUUCAGAAUGUCAUGGCAACCAUGUGAGGGAAGUAUGUGUGUAUGGUGCUGGAGACCUGCAAUGGAUCAUUGCUCAGCAUCACCUCUUUGCCAACAAGUUUGACAUCAACACAGAUCCCAUUGCCAUCUACUGCUUGGAGAAAUAUCUGAGACAAAAGGCACUGGCUGAGUUAUAUUAGGUGGAGGUUUCUGUGGCAACUCAGAAUCAGUCAGAGAAGGGAGUGGUUGACUCGUGACAAUGCUUAAGUGGGUGGUACAUGCCAAAAUAGCAGGAAUCAAUGUUUCCCAACAGAAAAUUGCAGUGUAACAAGAAAAUCAAUUACUCAAUUCAAUCUCUAGUGGACAGACAUCAUAUUUUAUUUGUAUAAAGAUUGUUAUCAUCAACCUUGUACACAAUUUUUUAGGGAUAUGCGGAUAGUUGUUAAGUUGGAGAAGACUAGAUAUGCUGCAUGUUUCCAAGGUUACACUGACAUGGCAAUCUUUCUUUAGAUGCGUUGAUGUUUUAGGUUCUGAUAGUGUGAUAACCAGUGUGGACUUUGUCUUUGGUAUAUAUGUAUUUAUGUGUAAUAACAGUUUUGGAACAAGAACAACGAGAAGGAUCACUGAUAUGUUAGUGCCUGAGAUAAAAGGGUGCAUUGUUCUGGCCUCCUGACACCUUCCUGCUGAUUUUUUUUUUUUUUUACAUGAUUCUUGUAUUCAUCUUUCUUUGCAUAUUUUAUGAUGUAUAUCCUGUGAAUGUCAUGUAUGGGUGGAGGGAGGGGGAUAACUAGUUUGCUGUUGUGUUUGUGCACAUGGUUGUGUCACUCCCUGUUGUUUAUUGCUGAUUUUAAUUUUUCCCUACUGAUUUUAUUGUGAAGCACUUUGUGAAUUUCUUUUCUGUGAAAAGUGCUAUAUAAAUAAACUUUGCUUGCUAUUUAUUAGUUCAACUGUAUUUAUACACUGAAUUGUCAAAUUGCAUUGACACAAGUUCAGAAACAAACCUAAUCCGAAGUUAUGAAAGCUAGUUACUCUACAAAAUAUUUGAUUUGUCUGUGACUACAGAUAAUUAGAGUAGAUAUAUUUUAAUAAUGUAUGUUUGCAGUUCAAUGAAACAAACUAUGAUGAUAAAAAAAUCCAAAGAUGUUGCUGAUAGUCUCGUAGUCCGUUUAAUAAUUUCAUCCAUCUACUCAAAAAUUCGAAUGGAGAAACACAUGCUAGUUUGAUUUCUGGCCAUGCAAUUGCAAAAUACAUGGAAAACAAUGUAAUUUGUAAAGGAACAAUUGUUGGGGACAAUCUCCAAGUAAAAUAAAGGUGGUUGGUUGUAACA